GCCACGGCUAACCACUGCAACACCAGGGCGUAUUCCAAGUCGACCGCGGUCGUCAGGCCGUCGGAGCACGAGCCGGAGGGGAACAGGCGGCGGGAGGGCACGGGCUGGGGCGGCGGCAACUGCGAGUCCGUCGGCUCGGAGGCUUGGCGGAGCCAUUCGGGGUGAAGAGACAGCCGGAGGGAGGCGGCUGGAGCUGGAAGAGCUGGUCGAUGAUAAUGAUGAUGAAGGUGCGCUGGUCAUGGAGCCCAAGGACGAGCUGGAGUUGGCCCCGUCGCGCGGUCCGCGCCACGGCCUGUCGGGACAGCGGCUUGCCGUGUACGCAGCCUUUGUCGCCCUCUGUGGCUCGCUCGACAAAGACGCCGCGCUCGCUCUCACUGCCGACGCGCUCAAGGACUCGCAGGAGGCUCGCCUGCUUGAGGACUACGGAGGCGUCUUUAUCUGAUCGCUGUGUGAGCUCUAAACAAACAGAUACACAA